CCUUUCUCUCUUUCCUGGAGCUGAGAUUCUCUCUUCCUUCUUCCCUUGGACAUCCUAACUUCAGGUUCGCUGACCUUUGGAGUCUAGGACUUAUACCAGCACCCUACUGGGUUCUCAGGCCUUUGGACUUGGCCUGAAAAUUAUACCAUCAGCUUCCCUGGUCCUAAGGCUUUUGGACUUGGAUUGAGCCAUGCCACUGUCAUCCUGUGGUCUCCAGCUUGCAGACAGCUGGUCAUGGGACUUCUCAGCUUCCAUAAUUAUAGAAUGGCAAUGGUCUCUGCGAUGUCCUGGGUGCUGUAUUUGUGGAUAAGUGCUUGUGCAAUGCUACUCUGCCAUGGAUCCCUUCAGCACACCUUCCAGCAGCACCACCUGCACAGACCAGAAGGAGGGACGUGUGAAGUGAUUGCAGCACACAGAUGUUGUAACAAGAAUCGCAUUGAGGAGCGGUCACAAACAGUAAAAUGUUCCUGUCUACCUGGGAAAGUGGCUGGAACAACAAGAAACCGACCUUCCUGUGUCGACGCCUCCAUAGUGAUUGGGAAAUGGUGGUGUGAGAUGGAGCCUUGCCUAGAGGGAGAAGAAUGUAAGACGCUCCCUGACAAUUCCGGAUGGAUGUGCGCUACAGGCAACAAAAUUAAGACCACAAGAAUUCACCCGAGAACCUAACAGAAGCAUUUGUUUGUGGUAGUAAAGGAAAACCAACCGUGUGGAAAAUACAGUUUGAGAAUUUAAAACAUCUUACACAUUUACAAGCCAAAUGGAUUUCUUAUUUGCACUUUGACUGCUUACCAGAUAAUCACAGUGUGUUUACUGUGUGUAUCGAAAUAUCCUAUAGUGAGAAGACUCGGAGUUUUGGGCAACACCAUGGAAAGUGGGUUUUAAAAAAAGGGUUUUCUCAGUGAAAUUUUUUGGGAUCAUGAAGAACGAUCAACUCUCUUCUAAUUUGAAUCUAUAGUUACUUUGUACCAUUUGAAAUAUAUGUAUAUAUAUAAUAUUUUGAAAUAUUAUAUAUUCUCUUCAAGAAAUGAACAGUACCACAGUUUGAGAUGGCUAAUGUACCCCUUUGAGUUUUGGAUGUUUGGUCUGUUUUGCUUUGUUUCGUUUAUCAUUUCUUUUUCUAUCGACAAGGAAGAUAUGUGCCCUUUUGAGAAUUCAAGAUGGCGCUGACACUGGAAGGCCAGCUACAGGUGGACUCCUGCAAUAUGAGGCCUCAUAACGAUACGGAGUCAAGAGCUUUCUCUGCUUCUGCUGGAUGGCCCAAGGAAGCGCAUCGUCCUGUUUUAUUGCUUUCUACCCUGUGCAAUAUUAGCAUGCAAGCUUGACUUACAUAACCAUACUUUAUAUUCAAUUGAUAUAUAAUAACCGUUCUAACCUCUUCCAGGAAAAUAUUUUUAGAACUACUAGCUUUUCCACGUACACGAAAAUGAGAAUUCUUGAGGGAGCCGCUCUACCAUGCUAUUAAGACUCUGGCAGAGUUAUGUUAGGAUAUGGAUCCCUGUAUUAAUAAGUCCUGUAAAUACAAUGUCUUAAGGCUUUGUAUAGCUGUCCUAGACUGCAGAAAUGUCCUCCAAUUAAAUCCAAAGUCUGGCAUCAUUAACUACAUAGUGCUGUAGCUACAAUCUUAUCAUGGCUCCUCUUUCUACGUUUGAUUUGCUUUUUCCAAGAGUAUUCAGAUAUCCUCUGGUGAGACAGGAAGGCUAUGAAAGCAAUUAGGUUGCAGAAUGAUCUAUGUGACCAAAUGUUGGACAGCCCUAUUAAAGCGGUAAAUAACUUCUUUCUAAA